UGAAGUCGCUGCACAUUGCUGCAUGUCGCUACACAUCGCUGCAUGUCGCUGCAUGCCGGUGUGAUGCACGAAUGGAUAUUGCGACGAACGAAUCCUGCGACGAGUGAGCGGAUAGACAGGGGAGGUGCAACAGGCCGAUCCAGUGGGCAUAUCCGUUCGGCCCAUCCCUGACAGAUUCUCAGAUCGAGGUCUGGUGCAAGGGCUCAUGUGGCUCGGAAAUCGAAUGCAGCGACCGGAGCCGGGGAAUCGAGACAGCCAAGAUGGCCAGAUGGUGCCAGAUCAUCCCACGCCGUGCAGCAGUCCCCAGGUGCAGCCGAGAUGCACUUGGGCUCGCAGGGCAGGGGUGGUUCGGCGCCGGUGCCCGCCAUUCGCGGCGGGUGUCUGAAAAGGCGCCUCUGCCCAUCGUCCUCCUCCUUGCCAGAUCAGUGUCGAUCCCCUCCGUCUGACUGCCCACCAUGGAGAAAAUGGAUAUGUCGCUGGACGAGAUCCGGAAGGUCGACCGCACCAAACCCGUCGCCAAGUCAACUGCUACCAAAGGGAGGAAGACCAUCGGCUCCAGGAAAUCCAAGACCUUCUGGGAGAGCGCCAAAGACAGAGACCCGGAAGGCACUUGGAAGCACGAUCGAUUCCACGAAGCCAACCCCUCCGAAAAGAAGCGGCGGGUCGUCAACCCAGCCUCCAGCCACUUUAUCAGCAUUCAGCGCAUCGUUGCCAACGAGCAGUCUGCAGCCAAAGCGCAAAAUGGCUCGGCAGCACCAAAGCUCGAGGAUCUGAGGGUAUCGCUGACGAGAGGAGGGGCCCGGGAAGUCAAUCUCUCGAGCAAGUCUGGCGCUGUCCCAAGAAUCACCAUCACCCGCAACCUGAGACAGGCCGUGCUGGCCACCCCGGACGACUCGAAGAGCCGAUCGAGUAACGCCCGCAACGGCCAAUCGGCCAACGGAUAUGGGAUCCUUGUCGCCAAUCUGCAUCCCGCGGCCACGGCCAGCGAUGUCAAGACCUGCUUCUCGACCUUUGGCCAGAUUCUGCGAUGUGCUUUGGUUGAAGACAGCCGCGGCCGAUCAACAGGCACGGCUGAGAUUGUGUACCAGAGUCAGCAGAGCUGCAAGAAGGCUAUCGCCGAGCUCCACGGCCAGCUUGCUGACGGACAAAUCCUCAACAUCGAGGAGAUCCAGCAUCCCAGAUCCAUCGUUGGCUCGGCGCAGCCCCUUCCCCUCAGCACCAUGUCCGUCAACCGCUCUGGAUCGAACCGCGAUUCCGUCCCGAGGCCGGCUGUUGCCGGUCUCUACUCUGACCGGAUGUAAAUCAAGCAGUUCAUUUUGCACUUAAUUCCUGCGAUACUGGGAGUGGUGAGGAAGGGGUCUCCCGCUGACUUGAUGCGCUUAUCCGGUAGCAAUUCCGAUGACUUGGACAUGGCGGUCACUGCCAUGGCAGUCUCAUCCCGCUGCGGUAGAGAUUGCGGCUCCAUCUGUCGAUGUUGCUCUGCUGGUGGCGUGCGCAUAUACAGUCAUUUUCACGAUUGCAUGGCUAAUACAUUUUGCGCUCGAUGGGCUCCAGCCGAGGGCUCCAGCCGAGAGCUCCAGCCGA